AUGUUUGAGAAAAGUACGAAAAAAUCGCCAUUGGGAGUUGAUCCAAUUGGAAAAUUACGAAGAAAAAGAAGAAGACGUUCAAGAAGUCGCAGACAAAAUAGAAGUCGAUCUCAAAUUGUUAAAGAGUUACAAAACGAACAAUUGCAACGAGCGAGAAGUCUAUCUCGCAAACGCUAUGAAAAAAAGACUCAAGUUAAUGAAGAAAAUGUAAAAAAUGCUGAUAAUAAUUAA